AUGAAUGGAAAUAACAAACUCUCCAGUUUUCUUGCCAUAAGAGAGGCCUUUUUCUCCGAAGUCAGCAUUGGGAUCUUAGCCAAUGCCUUCCUUCUUCUCUUUCACACUCUCACAUUCCUGCUCAAGCACAGGCCCAAGAUCACCGACCUGACCAUUGGUCACUUGUCUCUAAUCCACAUAGUCAUGCUAUUAACUGUGGGUUUUAUAGCUACAGACAUUUUUGAGUCUCAGGAAAUUUGGAAUGACAUCAGGUGUAAGUUCUACUUGUACAGGUCAAUGAGAGGUCUCUCCGUUUGUACCACCUGCCUGCUGAGUGUCCUCCAGGCCAUCACCCUCAGCCCCAGAAGCUCCUGUUUGUCAAAGUUCCAACACAAAUCCUCAAUCCACAAUGUGUGUUGCUUUUUUUCCCUCUGGGUCUUCAGUAUGGCCAUUAAUGGUUGCUACAUAGUCUCGACUGUUGCCACCCCGAAUGUGACCUCAGACCAUCUCCUGUUUGUCACUAAUUCCUGCUCUCUUGGGCGCAUGAGCUACUUCCUCAGGCCCUUAUUCACCACACUGCUGACCUUCCAGGAUGUCUUCCCGAUAGGGCUCAUGGUUCUGUCCAGUGGAUACAUGGUAAUUCUCUUGUACAGGCAUAAGAGGCAGUCCCAGCAUCUUCACAGCACCCAUCUUUCUCCAAAAGCAUCCCCAGAAAAAAGGGCCACCCACACCGUUCUGUUGCUCAUGAGUUUAUCUGUGGUCAUGUACUUUUUGGAUUGCAUUGUGUCCUCAUCCUCAGGAAUGUUGUGGAGCAGUGAUCCCGUUCGUCAUUGUGUGCAGAUGCUUGUGGGCAAUGGCUAUGCCACCAUCAGUCCUUUGGUGCUGAUGAGGACUGAGAAACGAAUGUUCGUGUUCUUAACAUCCAUGUGGGGGAAGGACAGUAAACUCUUCAUUAUCCAAUAA